CAAGGGGAUGUGCGAACACCGGAAGCAUACUUUCUUUAUACGGAUUAAUAUGAUUGUUUCUGUGUAGUAUUUCAUUUUGCAUUUUUAUUACGUGGCACCUCAAAAUGAAAACGAAACUAUAAACCGUCCGCGACUCCACUUUUCUAGCACCAUGACUGCAGCUGCUCUGAAGAUUGGAGAUCAGUUGAUCCUUGAGGAGGAAUAUGAUGAAAACUAUAUCCCUUCCGAACAAGAGAUUCAUGAGUAUGCACGAGAAAUUGGAAUCGAUCCUGUUAAGGAACCAGAGUUGCUUUGGUUGGCGAGAGAGGGGAUUGUGGCCCCUUUACCUCCGGAGUGGAAACCAUGCCAGGAUGUCACUGGAGACGUGUACUACUUCAAUUUCUCCUCUGGGCAGUCCACCUGGGACCACCCGUGUGAUGAACAGUACCGCCAGUUAGUGCUGCAGGAGCGCGAGCGGGCCCAGCCGCGCACGUCCAAGACAGCAGUUACAUCUGGUGGGAAAAAAGAGAAGAAGAAGAAAGACAAGGAGAAGAAGAAAGGGAAAAAGAAGGAACAGGAACUCAACCCUCCAGGAGUUAGUUUGGGUGGCAUGCUCCUCAGCUCUGGUCUUGGGUCCUUGCCAGCGCCUCUGAGUUCCCUGGCACCUCUGCGGGGUUUUGGAGCUGACACGUCCAUUCCGCCUCUUCGUGGGUCCCUCCUCUCUUCAGAUGGUCUGGAACCCCUGAAGACUUCUCUUGGGGGCCCUUUGUCCAGUUUAGGGUCUAGUGUGUUGGAAGGGAAGCAACUGGAGCAGAUAUCCCGUCUCAGCCCUGGCUUUAAGGAGGAGGAGAAGUCCUCAGACAGGGAGAGACCUUCAGGCCAGAGCCCACUGAUGCGCAAUCUGCAUUUUGAUUUGGAUGCCCUGGGGAAAAGCUUUCAGUAUGAGGACAGCGAGGCUAGUCUCAGUGCUCCUCCUGAAGAGCUGACUGAACCAGAGCUACAAGAUCUAGUAAGGGACCACAGCCCAGAGCCUGGCUCUCAGGACCUCACAACUGGCCCACAUAUUAGCACACCUGCACAGAGAGAUAGCAGGGAUCACAGCAGUAGAGAUCAUGGAGACGGGCAAGAGAAGGUUGAGGAUGAGGAGGAGGAGAUCCCAGAGGAAGAACAAGCUGGUGAAGAGUUCAUGAGUCAUGAGGAAGAGGAGGAGUGUAAAGAAGAUGACCAGGAAAGCCUGAUGAGUCAUGGGGAGAACUGUGAGGAGAAAAGGGGAGAGGAGAAUAAUAGUGACAUGUUGAAGAGAGCUCAGGAAAGUGUGGACGAACCUAAAGGAGUUGAGGAAGAGAGCGACGAAGUAGUUGCUAUAUAUUCCAGAGGGAAACAUGACAGCAGUAAAGGCCUUGAGAGAUAUUAUCUAAGUAUAGAAGGAGAGAGCAAGAGAGAAGACGAAUUUGACAGUGAGAUGAUAGAGAAGUGUAUCACCAGCGAAGUUGAGAGGGCUGCUGUUUUUGCAGAGAGGAGUGAGGUAAAACAGCGAUCCAGUGACACUGAACAAGCAAAUGGAAAGGACAGUGGACCUAGUGAAGAAGUUGUUGAGGUAUUUGAAGGUAAUGAAGAAGUUGUUCAAAAUGAUGACUCUGGGCAUCACAAAAGUGAGAGUGCACUAGAAGAUGCUGAAGAAGUGAUGGAUGCAGUUGAGAGAAGUGAAACCCCGAAAGCAGCAGAGGAGAGUGAGGAUAAUAUCAGUUUAAGGGACUGUUCACAGGGUGAAGGCGGCACGAGGGAGACAACAGAAAAGCAGAGGGCUGAGUUAUGUGAAGAGGUUUAUGAUGAAGAGGAUUUUGAGACCGAUAUGAAACCGGACGUUGGUAGUGUGGAUGGUGAGGAAGACGACAGUGACAUCCUGGAGAGAUGUGUCAUAAGCGACAGAAACAUUUCAAGGGGAGAAAAGAGUGGUGAGGAGAGUGAUAUUCUGGAGAGGUGUGUUUCAGAGAACAUCUCACAGAAAGGUGAAAGUGAGCAGGUUGUUUUGAAAGGAAAAGACAAAAAGGUAUUAGAAAGUGAUGAUUGUGUUGAGGAGGAGGAGGAGGUAAAGGAGGAAGAGGAAGACAUUAUGGAGAUGUCUGUAGAAUAUGAAGAUGAGGAGGAGGAAGAGGAGAGUGAGAAAAAAAAAGUAAUCGAAAAGUAUGUAGAAAAACAGGAAAUGAGCUUAAGUGAGAAGGAAUUAAGUGGGACAGAGGAGGUGGAUACAAUGCAUAGAUUUGUACAAAGCUCAGAGGAAGCUAAAGUCAUUGAACAGGAAGAGGAAAGUGAGGUUGUGGAAAUAGAACGGGGCCAGGUAAAAGACGAAGAAGAAGAGGAAGAAAAGGACAGAAUUGGAGAAAAUGUUAAAGAAAGCGAAGAGGAUGAUGUAAUAAAGGAUACAGAACAGGGCAUCGCACCAGAAGAGCAGUGUGUUAAAACAGAACCCAAGGAGUCAGAUAGUGAUGAGGAGAUAUUAGAGAUUUGUGUUAAAAGAGAGCAAGUAGAAGAUGGUGAUUGUAGUGAACAAGGGAAAGAUAGCCAAGGCAAAGAAAGCCUCCUCAAAGAAAGUGAGAGGCUCAUAAGUGGCAAACCCCUAGGGAAGGGUAGGGCAACCCCCAAAAGCCCUGCACUUACACCCAGGGACGAAGACUCAGAGAAAAGCCAUGCAUCUGUGAGCAAAGAAGAAGCUGUUGAGGUCCUCUGUGAGGGAGAAGAAAGAGCCAGAUCAGUGGUUGGAGGUGGACAGAGAGAAAUCCCGUUCAUGUCGCUUCCGCGGAUGGAACGCAUGGGGAAAUUGCUUACGGUGCAGCGAACUAUUUUGCCCUGUGAGGAUACAGCAGCCAGUGGCAAAAAACGCAAAACCUUAUCACCCACUGAUGAUGUCAAGAGAGAAAAGAAUGAGGAUGACGAGAGCAGGGAGACCAAAGGGAGAGAACAAAGAGAAGAGCAGAGAGAAAGGGGGAAGUUCACAGAGAGGUAUCUACUUGGUUUAGAUGGAGACAGCUUCCUGGCUGAGCAGAGGCUGCAGUUGUGUGCCAGUUCUCCAGACGUGUCCCAGGCCUCCUCAACUCACAUGAAACACAGCACUUUAGGAGAGGAGGGCCGAAGCUCCGGGAUGAGAAAGCUGGGUGCCUCUCCAGUGGCAGCGCCCAGGAGAGGACUGGUGCGGAGCUCCCACGCCUCAUCAGACGAGGACCAACACGAGGAGCAGAAUGAAGCAGACAUGCAGAAGAGCAGAGGGUCGGUAGAUGAAAGGAUGAGCAGAAAGGGGGAGAGACAAAAAUCAGAGGAAGAGGAACAAAGUAAAGAACAGGAAGAGGAAGAAGAAGAUGAGGAGUUAGAGGUUGAGUUGGAAGGGGAUGAGGAGGAUGAGGAGUGGGAAGUGAUGGAAGAUGAAGAGGAGGAGGUGGAGCUAAAGAUUCCAGAGAAAAAACUGGGGGAGGAGAGAAAAGGGAUGGUGAAGGUAGGGGAAGUGAAGUUGAAAAAGAUGGAAGUUGAUAUAAUGAAACAGAGAACAGACAUUUUAAAAGAAAAAGAAAAGUUAAAAACAAGAGAAGAGGAGUUGAAUAGUGAGAUAGAGGAGACAAGCACUCAGGUAGCAGAGCAAACAAGGCAGAGGGUCGAAAGGACGAAACUUGUAGAGGACAUCACUUAUGGAAGACCGUGGAGUUACCAAGACAAGCAGAGGUUAACGUUUCUCAAAGAGGAUGCAAGGCAAAUCGAUGAAGAAGAGGAGGAACGCCGACUGAAAGAGGAGGAACGACGACUGAAGGAGGAGAACGAGGCCAACCUCAGAGCCCUGAGGCUGCAGCUGGACUCGAACAGGAGAGAAGAGGAGGCCAGGCUGAGAGCUGAGUCGGCCCAGCAGCUCCAGCAGCUCAGGGAGAGCGCUCAGAGGGAGAGAGAAAUCCAGCAGCGUCUGCUCAUAGAGGAGAAUGAGGCCAAGCUGAGAGAGCUGCAGAGGGCUCUGGAGGAGGAGAGGAGAGCAGAGCGUGAACGUCUGGAGGCCCAGAAGAGGCGGGAGCUCCAGCGACUGCAGGAGGAGUCGGAGCUGGAGCUCAUGCAGGAGAAGAGGCUGCUGCAGAAGAAGAACGAGGAGGCUCUGGCCUCGCUGAAGCUGGAGGUGAAGACCGACGAGAUGCUAAGGGAGGUACCGAGCAGCUCAAAGCAACAGUUGACAGAGUAUCGGACCGAGCUUGGAGACGUACUGCUGGAGAUCAGGGAUGAGCUUCAGCGGGACCACAACCGGAAAGUGGAGCAGUUCAAAGAGGAGCAGCGUCAGAAGCUGGAGGACAUCAGGCUGGAGCAUGUGGAGCAGGAGAGCAGUCAGAGGGAGCAUUUGCGGACCACCCUGCAAGGAGAGAGGGAUCGUCUGUUGUCCUCACACAACCUGCAACUCGAGCAACUCAAAACCCAGCUGGAUAAGCAGGUCCAGAGGACACGUCAAGCGUACUCCAAGAAGGAGGAAGAGAUUAAGGAACUAGAGCUACAACUGGACAUACGUGCCAAAGAUCUGAAGACUCAGGAAGCCAUGCUCUUUAGUCAGACAUCAGAGAUCCAAAAGAGAAGACACCAACUAGGACUCAAAGAAAAUGAGAUCGAGGGGCUUCAUGAGGAUCUUGAGAAAGUGACACUUGAGAGGGACCGUGCCAGAGAGGAGGCCCAACUGGAGAGGCAGGAGAAGGAGCGCCUGAAGGAGGAGAACCAGGCCAUGAAGGCCGAGCGGGAGAAGCUGGAGAAGAAGCUGGAACUGCUGCAGGAGCGCUGUGACCAGCUGAGCCGCCGUGUCAGCGACCUGGAGCAGACAGAGAAGAGAGUCUCUUCCUCCAGGUCAGAACAAAGGCAAACAAAGGUCAACACCAAGGGUAAAGAAACGAGAAAGAAGGACCGGGAGUCUUCCUCACUUCCCAGUGAUGAGCAGUCGUUACACGUGGAGGACCUGGAGCCCCCGAAGGCAUCCUCCACCCCUCCACUCCCCAAAAGCAGCGAGAGUAUGGAGGGUCUGAGGUACUACAUAUCGUCAGAAGGCAUGUCGCUGCAGAGGGCCCGGAACUUUCUGGAGCAGCAGAGCGGUAGCUUGAGUGAGAGGCAGGCAGUCCUGAUGGCUGCCCGCUCGAGCUGUUUCCAAGGCCCCGUCAGAGAGGGGGCCAACCAGGAGCUGCUAAAGAACCUCCAGCAGGAGGCGAAUCAUCUCGAGCAGCUGAGGGCUACUGUGCAGAAGGGACAGAGUCUUCUAGAGAAGAAAGCAGAGAGACUCACCCACUUGGAGAGCUCAUUGGUGGAUGAGUUUUCAUACAAUGACACGUACAGACAUGAUGUGGAUAGGAAAGUCACAUUUGUUGUCACAGACUCAGACAUGAGCAGUGUCGAUGGCCAUGAAGGGACAGAUGUCCAUCCAACUGUCCCAGCCAAAGUGCAGCAUUUAGCUGACUCCCUGCAGCACAUCUCUGAGCAGCUCAACACGGUCCUAGAGGCUCUGGGUUCUCUGUCUCAAAAGAAAGCUCCACUCUUACCGAAUGUUCAGGCCUCCUACCAACCCCUAUCAGUGCCUUUAUCUCAGGAACAGGCCCUCUCCUCUGGCCUGCUGUCUGCAUCCAGAUGGCCUUGGGCCUCUGCCAGGACUGGCACCAGUAACCUAGGCAGGGCUGGCAACAGCUUCAUUUUCCAGAAGGAACGUGAGGAUUCAGUUGCCUCCAACAAAUUAUCUUCUGGUAAGUUGGGGCUUCCCAUGAACGUCCGUGGAGGUUAUUCAAUGAUAGGCAAUUACAACCUCUCAGGGUUUCCUACAGCAAGUGAGCAGGUGCAGAGUAUGUUGUCUACAAAGUCCACAGAGAUGGAUGACCAGCAGUUGCAAAGCCUGAUUGAGUGCAACAAGAGAUGGCUUGAAACACGCAGGAAAGAUCCUGGCAUACCCUUGUUUACCCGUUAUAGGCCUCCGUCCUCCCUCGGUGGACUCGUCCAACUGGGUCUGGAUGAGAGUAAUCAGAUAAAGGUCUACCACUACUGAGGAACCACUCUGCGUUGUUCUGAUAUCAUCUGUGUGCAUGUACAAGAGACUGUAUGGGAACAAAACAAAAAUUCCAUUCCAGUUGUUUCUGAAUUUGUUGUUUUUUGUGGUGAGAAACUGAAUCAUGCAAAGCAUUGGUACAUUUUGAGCCUGUUGACACCAACAAGAUGACCAUUUCACGCUUAUUUCUGUAAUUGUACUGGGCCAACAUUUGAAGAGGUCCUAAAUGCAUAUCAAUUUAAGAUUUAAAUCUGGGUAAGGUAACUGCAGGAAGUCAGUCCUAUCCGCUCUAUAGUAAUCACUGGGACAUUUUUCCAGAGCACUCUACAAGGCCUUUUAAUGAACACCUCCUUAAUGUCUGUAUUGGCUCUGUACUCUAGAUAUAAAUGCCAUGUAAGUUUGUAAAGUAGUUUUGUAAAAUACAUUAAUAAAAUGUAUAUUUGUAGUGUC